AUGAGUGGUACAAAGGGUCGUAAAUGCCUGAAAAGGGCCAGAGAUUCGGUCAUUCCGAAAGGAGAAAGCCACAAAAUUAUCAUUGGGAUUGAUUAUGGUACAACCUUUUCAGGCGUUAGUUACGUGACCUCUGACAAAGUUGGCUUGGAAAACAUCACGAUUAUGUCCCCUUGGCCUGGAGAUCCUCAUGUAUCGUGGAAAACUCCUACGAGAAUCGCAUAUAGUCAGGAAAAUCCGAAACUAACAAACAAUAAGUGGGGAUUCGAAGUCAACUCCAAACUUGUGUCAUACUCAUGGACUAAACUCUUGCUCGACAAGAAUGCUGCUUCGAGGAAGCACGACGAUCCAUCACUCGCGGAAAAAUUGAGGCGACAAAUGACUGACCUGACCUUUGAAAACACCCCUAUAGAAUGCUGGGUAACACUACCUGCUGUAUGGUCAGACGAAGCAAAAGAUGCCACCCUGAAAGCUGCUAAGAAUGCUGGAUUUGGGAACAGGCCAGGAGACAAUAUUUACACGAUUGCCGAGCCAGAAGCCGCUGCAAUUGCGACUUUGAAGGAAUAUUCCAUUCCAGGUGCAAUGAACCCUAUUGUGUGUGAUGAAAACAUACUAAUCUGUGAUUGUGGUGGGGGAACUGUUGACAUCACAACAUAUAAAAUCAUCCAAGUGGAACCAGUCCUUACUUUUGUUGAGCUAUGUGUUGGUAUCGGUGGAAAGUGCGGAUCAACAUACAUCGACCGCAACCUUCAUACUCUGCUAUCUAAUCGCUUUGGGUUAGCAUAUGGCGAUCUAUCUGUUGGUCAAAAAGGCCCAGGUAGCAGAUUUAUGGCUUCAUUCGAAAUGUUGAAACGGGACUUCGGACGCAACGAUGAUAAAGAGACUGGGGAGUUGGGUCCUCUCAAUCUUGACGUCCCGAACUCUGAACACUAUGAUGUGGAGGAUCGCGUAAUAUAUCUUCAACACCAAGAUAUGCAAGCCCUUUUUGAUCCUGUCAUCACAGAGAUUACAAGCUUGGUAAACCAGCAAGUGAAUGCGGCAAGGGACACUCAAAAUGCGAAAAUUAAUCGUAUUAUCCUCGUCGGAGGUUUUGCCGAGUCCCCAUACCUUAACAAGAAGUUGAAGGCAUGGUGCAAGCGAAACGGGAACAUGACUUUGAUUUGUCCUUUACACCCACAGUCUGCUGUUGUGCGUGGCGCUGCCUUACGUGGGCUAGAAGGAAUUGCGCCUCGGGUGAAGCAAGUCCGUCGUCAUUAUGGUGUUUGUUUGGGUAAGGUUUUCCGAGAAGAACCUCCCGAAUAUCUUUCUGACCCUGGAGUCGAGAAAGUUGGAGAAAUUCAGACAACUCUAGAUAGUAGCUUGAAUUUGGGUGAAAAUACUGAGGCGCAAUUCAAUGCUCGACUCGGCCGCCGGGUGCAGAGGCUUCCCUUUCAGCAGCAAAUCGUAUUUGGCAAUAAGGGCGAUAAUCUCACGUUCAAGUGUCUUAUUGGUGGAAAGGAGAUAUGCAAGUCGACCAUGAACUUCGAUCGUUGA